CCUCCCUCCCUCCCUUUCUUUCAACACAGCCCACCAACCCAACAUCGCAAUCCAUUCCUACUACUUUGUAUAUCUGCGCGCCCAUAUAUAAACGCAGCAUCGGCCAUGUACAGCGAAGAUAUUGUCGAGAAGGGCGAGGGCGAGGAGCAGGAGGUCCGCUGCUAAAUCUGGAAGUCGAUCAUUAGCCAUUUAUUUACUACUUACUCGGGAGCUAGGCAGGCCGGGGGUCAAUUACUCCGUCGGUUAUCUCAUCUAUCAGUUUCCGUCUCGAGCUUAAGUUACCAGGGAGGAGGAGGAGGAGGUUCACUUUUCGGAGGAGGCGCUGACCCAUUUCCAUUCUUGGAAACCCGUUACUCCGGCGAGCGAGGCCGGCCGCCGGUGGCCAUUCUUCGAGCGGGCAUCGGUCGAAGGGAUCGAGCAAGGUCGAUCGCACCGUCGGCGCUUGGCUUGGAGUUUCGUACGGGAGGCCGAUCGACCGACCGCGGGUUUCUUUCUUGGCGCGCGCGCGGGGCGGGCGGUCGCUGAGAUGAGCGAUGUCACCGGCAGGUUCGUGCUGGCCGCGGCCGUCGCGGUGGCGUCGCUGGUGAUGGCGGCGGCGGCGCGGCACGACUACGGGGACGCGCUGUCCAAGAGCCUGCUCUACUUCGAGUCGCAGCGGUCGGGCCGGCUGCCGUACAACCAGCGGGUGCGGUGGCGCGGCCACUCGGGGCUCACCGACGGGCUGGAGCAAGGGGUGGACCUCGUGGGAGGCUACUACGACGCCGGCGACCAUGUCAAGUUCGGCCUCCCCAUGGCCUUCACCGUCACCAUGCUCUCCUGGGCCGUCCUCGAGUACGGCGACCAGAUCGCCGCCGCCGGCGAGGGCGCCCACGCGCUGCAGUCCAUCAAGUGGGGCACCGACUACUUCAUCAAGGCGCACACCGCGCCCAACGAGCUCUGGACCCAGGUCGGCGACGGCGACUCAGACCACUACUGCUGGCAGCGGCCGGAGGACAUGACGACGUCGCGGCGGGCCUACAAGGUGGACGCCGAGCACCCCGGCUCGGAGGUGGCCGCCGAAACCGCCGCCGCCAUGGCCGCCGCGUCCAUCGUGUUCCGGCGAGCCGGCGACGCGCACUACGCGCACCUCCUCCUCCACCACGCGCAGCAGCUGUUCGAGUUCGCGGACAAGUACCGGGGGCGGUACGACGCGAGCGUGCGGGUGGUGAAGAGCUACUACCCGUCGGCGAGCGGGUACAACGACGAGCUGCUGUGGGCGGCGCUGUGGCUGCACCGCGCCACCGGCGGCCGCGAGUACCUCGACUACGCCGUCGCCAACGCCGACGACUUCGGCGGCACCGGCUGGGGCGUCUCCGAGUUCAGCUGGGACAUCAAGUACCCCGGCCUCCAGAUCCUCGCCUCCAAGCUGCUGCUGGAGGAGAAGGACCUGAGCUCGGAGUACCGCGCGGUGCUGGAGAAGUACCGUGCCAAGGCCGAGUUCUACGUGUGCUCCAACAUGAACAAGAACCCCGGCGGCGCCGCCCGCAACGCGCCCCGCACCCCGGCGGGGCUCAUCUUCAUCCGGCCCUGGAACAACCUCCAGUACGUGACCAACGCCGUCUUCCUCCUCACCGUCCACUCCGACCUGCUGGCCGCGCUCGGGGAGCCCCUCCGCUGCACCGUCGACGAGGACGCCGACACCUCGGACACGGGCGGCGAGACGGCGGCGGACGUCGUUGUGCGCGCCGAGGAGGUGCUGGCGUUCGCCAAGACCCAGGCGGACUACAUCCUGGGCACGAACCCGAUGGAGACGAGCUACCUGGUCGGGUACAGCGACAAGUACCCGCGGCGGGUGCACCACCGGGCGGCGUCGACGGCGUCGUUCGCGGACGAGAAGGGGUUCAUCGGGUGCGCGCAGGGGUUCGACUCGUGGUACAGCGCGGGGGAGGAGAACCCGCACGACCUCGUCGGCGCCGUCGUCGGCGGGCCCGACGGCGAGGACCGGUUCAACGACCAGCGCGGCGCGUACAUGCAGACCGAGGCCUGCACGUACAACACCGCGCCCAUGGUCGGCGUCUUCUCCAGGCUCAUGGAGCUCGACGCGGAGGAGCGGCUGCGGGAGCAACGAGACCUGUGAAGAAGCGGCUCGUCGCCGGCCGGUGAAUAUGUUCAGCUGUAGGAAUGUUAAUUGAAUAACUGAGAAAAAAAUGUGGAAAAAGAAAGAGUGGGAAAAGGCGAUUUGUACAUUCUUUUUGUUGAUUAAUUCGUAUAGGUUUUACUUUGUUUCA